AUGUGGCUUUACCUCACCCACUUGGCUAACUAUCUCGUGAGAUCCGAAAAGUUUGCAAUCAAUGGAAGCUCGGGGGCAUUAUUUGAAGUGCCGAACAUCUCUCACUUUUUAUCUUGGACAAACUAUACGCUUGCCGACUGGCAGAGCUUUCUGGAUGGGAAAAGGUACGGGUCAGGUUCCCAAAACCUUCUUGUGAAAAUCCUCCUCGUCGUGGCGUACUCCGUUAUCAUAGUGUUCUCCCUCUUCGGCAACGCCUUGGUGUGUCACGUCAUGGUCAAAAACAAACGGAUGCAUUUUGCCACCAGCCUGUUCAUUGUGAAUCUUGCUGUGGCAGACCUGAUGAUUACCUUUCUCAACACUCCCUUUACUUUGGCUCGCUUCGUCAACAGUACGUGGAUAUUUGGGAAGGAGAUGUGCCACAUCAGUCGAUUUGCCCAGUACUGUUCCCUCCAUGUCUCUGCCUUGACCCUGACGGCCAUUGCCAUAGACAGGCGCCAGGUGAUACUGCAUCCUCUGAAGCCUCGGAUUUCGACUGCAAAGGGUCUCGCUUGCAUCUCCAUCAUCUGGCUAAUGGCCACAUGCUUCUCCCUCCCACAUGCCAUCUACCAGAAAUUAUUCACUUUUGAAUACAGGGAGGAGAUCACCCGAUGCUUGUGCCUCCCCAAUUUUCCUGAGCCAGCUGAUUUGUUUUGGAAGUACCUGGACUUGGCAACUUUCGUUCUGCUCUACGUGCUGCCCCUUCUCAUUAUCUCCAUCACCUACGUGACCAUUGCCAAGAAGCUCUGGUUCCGCACCGCCAUCGGGGUCGUGAUGGUCGAGCAGUACUUUGCCCUCCAGAGGAAGAAGAUUAUGACCAUUAAGAUGCUUAUGCUGGUGGUGGUGAUCUUUGCUGUCUGCUGGUUCCCUUUGAACUGCUACGUCCUCCUCCUCUCCAGCCAGGUCAUCCACACCAACAACGGCCUGUAUUUUGCUUUCCACUGGCUGGCCACAAGCAGCACCUGUUACAACCCCUUUAUUUACUGCUGGCUCAAUGAGAAUUUCAGGGCAGAGCUGAAGACCUUUCUUAAGGUCUGCUGGAAAUCCCCAGAUCCAAGGGAGCAAAGGCUUCCGUCCUCUGCUGGUCUGCCGUGCAGGGCAGCCUGGCCACAGAGAGAUCACCGCAAGGGUUUACAGGUUUCCCUUGACCUCCCAUCCACCUCCAAUUUUCAGCUGAGAAAGACUGACAUCACCUCUGUGCAGCCUAUAGUUGCUGUGACUUGAGCAUCAAAGCGGACUAAUUGGGUGGUCUAUGGCAGCACUGCAAGGGGGCCUUAUCCAGGUCUGAUGGACUGGGCAACUCCGCAGAAAGCUCUGCCUUGUCCUUUAGUGUGUGGUGUGUGGCUUUGCUCACUCGCUUGAGUCCUUCGGAGCUCUGAAGAGCCAUGCGUUUGCUCCCGUGUCGUGUUUCUGUGAGAUCCAGUGAUAUUGCAAUGGAUGGAAAGGUCGGCAAGAGGUUGAUGUAAAGGAUCUUCCUUUGGGGCAGAGAGUUAACCCU